GGCCGGACAUCACAAAAAGCAAACAGUCCAUGUUUAAAAAUGCUUGAAUUCUUUCAAGAAAUUCUGCAUACAGUAGAACUGUGGCUUCCCCACAUAGCUGUUGGAAUUAUCGUUUUGUUAAUUCUGAAGAAAUACGGAGGUAGCCACAUCCAGCCGAUAUUCUUCGCCAAAGUGUAUAAUCCUUUCCUUGGAACGUAUCACGUCACAUGUCAAGCACUGAAAAGAAAGCAUUUUCUAGCCAUGAAGGGUCACGUAUCGGCAGAUCCUGUCCUACGAAAGAAAGGCGCUCUGAGGAUCCUUGAAAUCGGUCCUGGACCGGGAUACAAUUUUGAAUUUUACCCACCCAACAGUGAACUAACUGUUGUCGAAGUCAAUCCGUACUUUGAAGAGCAAUUUUUCAAGAAACAGGCCGAACAUCCGCACAUCAAAAUGGAUCGUUUCGUCGUAGGAUUCGCUGAAAAUAUGAAGGACGUCCCCGAUAACAGCGUCGACAUCGUCGUUUCCACAAUGGUCCUCUGUUCCGUGCGCAGUGUGGAAGGAGCUCUGAAAGAAAUUCAUCGCAUCCUUGCUCCGGGAGGGAAAUAUUAUUAUUGGGAGCACAUCCGCGAGGCUGAAUACAUGUGGGUCCUGUUCGUCCAACACCUGGCAUCCUACACGUUCUAUGACCUUGUGUUCGGUUGCCAAUUAAACCGAAUGAGCGAUGAAAUUAUCAAGAGAAACGAAGCAGGAUUCUCCGACAUCGAUCAGCAACGAUUCAGAACACCACAAAAAGGAGGAUUCCAAGCCAUUUGCAUUUUUCAUAGCUCCCACGUCAAAGGAAUAGCUACAAAAUAAGAAAGCCUUCCUUUUUUACAUCCAUCUUCUCAUGACAU